ACUUGACUCCGACUGUGUAGCCACCGAUCAGGCAACCCUUCAGACAGUGAGUCGACCUGCAAGUCGGUGCUGCGAAGACCUUCUGCCCUCCGUCAUCAUUCUGGAGCCGUCCUGUUCGAGAUGCCCCCGACGAGCCCCAAGCUGAAACAUCCAUGUCUUACAGAUGCCCGAGUCUUGGCGAGACAUGCGCAUCUCCAACGACACGCAUCAGCACUGCUGCGAUGCCAGGAACCACUCCACAACGCCUGUUUGCCUUGCUCGUGUGAGAUUGCGGGCCGCUCGCACCCGUCUGGACGAUACAUGCCACGCACCUUCCCGUUGAUACGAUCGUCACCCCAGCGCAGCGGCGCGGAAGCGUCCCGGCGUCGCACCCACCACCGUCUCGCACCGCCACGGACGCACUCAUGCAGCUGCCGAAGCUCUCGCCUCUGCAAUCGAGGCUGCUAGCCUUUGCGAUCACAACAUGUCUUGUUGUGGUGCUCUGGAUAUGCUUCCAGCCAAACUACUUCGCAUACGCUGCCGAGAUACCCGUCCCUCCUGAAGUCGUGCAGCCGAGCCAGUUCGCAGCGUCGAUACCGCCCGCGUCACCAGACGAGCCCCCUAUAGAGAUAAGAGACGGACUAGAAGAGGAGGAAAAUGUCGAUGCGCUCUAUGCGCCGCUUUUUGCGUACUUUGAUAGGAGCUUGGUGGGGAGGCAGGAAGAUGCUCUAAAGCCGUCAGAGCUGGAAAACAACCAGAUGAAGCCGAUGGAGAUUGCGCCAAAUAAUACGAAGACUUUCAUAUUUAAGAAAAACCAGCUGGGCCAGAGGUCAGUGCUGGAGGAGGUUUCGAUUGCGCGGGGGCUAGAAGAUGCUCUCAAUGGGAGUUCAGAUUCGGACGGUGAUGGGGAGAGCGAUCUGGUGAAGAGGCAAGCUCAGAGCCGGCUCUGGAUAUCCGCAAACACCUGUCGACAGCCCACUCCGACUGUGAAGCUCGUCACAGAUCCCGUGCCCCAACUUACACUCUGGGUCUGGACGUCUACGAGCAGUGCCCCAGCAGUGCCCAGCUCCAGCGGCAGGCCAGUAGGGAACUCCACCUUCGAUGGCGGACAUGCUAAUUACACGCUCGCCACCAACGAAGAUGUGUACAUUGCGGUCACGGCUCCUGCACUCACCCAAGGAUGGACCGGAAGCUGGAGCUUCGAGAUUGCAGUGUCCACGGACCAGGGCUACUACCACAAUUACGAUAACAGCACCAACUUCAUCUACAUGGUCGACACGGACAGCGACUCCACGCUCUUCAUCACGCACAACAUGACCGAUUUCAAUGACACCGCAAAGGUGGACAAGUGGAUCGACGAGCACAAAGGCGACAACAUGCCCUUCGACAUCUACGCCUUCCCAGAUGACGCGUGGAGCCCCAUGAUGGGAUUGGAGCGCUCGUACUGCGGCCUGAAAACACAGUUUGAUUCCUCCAACAACCUGUCAGUGACGACGUCCAUCACCACGCAGUUCGGCCAGGGCCUCCCCAAGGGCAUGUUCAACGUGCAGGGUCUCAAGACCUCGAUGAAGUACACAGGCUUCCUCGUCCUCAACGGCACCUCCAACAUGACCAUCGACGGCACCACCACCAACGGCGGCGGUCGCGUCUUCCAGUCCUUCCAAUGGCGGACAAAAGCCGACGACACCUGCCAAGUCAUCUUCGGCCUGCAAGAAUGCACCACAGUCGCCUACGCCGUGCCCUCCUCCCCCCUCUGGAAAAAUAACGACACGGGCCUUAUUUCCUUCUACGACGACCUCGCCACCAAAUACAUGUCCGCUUUCCGUAACUCCCUCGCGCAGGUCGCCUGCGACACCGCGGGCACCGCGCAGUACAGUCUGGCCCGCAACUGCACCGACUGCGAGGCCGACUACAAAUCUUGGCUGUGCAGCGUGCUGAUCCCGCGGUGCGAGGACUGGACCGCCAACGCAACCUACCUGCACCCGCGCAACAUCAACACGCCCUUUGCAAACGGCAGUCUGCCCGCCGUCGACGGCCUGAGCUUCUUCCCGAGCAACAGUUUCGACGGGCCCGACAGCGACUCCACGGCGGCGGAGAACGCGACCACGGGGUACAACGCCUCGCUGCGCACGCGCACCGCUUACAACCAGUCCCGCAUCCCGGCCAUCGACACCACCAUCGCGCCCGGGCCGUACAAGGAGCUGCUUCCCUGCGAGGACCUGUGCUUCGACAUUGUGCGCAGCUGUCCCGCGCAGCUUGGCUUCGCGUGCCCGGAGCCGCCCAUGCGCGCGCUGAGUUACGGCCGCCGGGACCCCUACGGGCGCGAGUUGCGGUGCAACUACCCGGGCGCGGUGGUGGAUUUGACCGUGGACAGGGGCGCCGGCGGCCAGCACUUGGCGCGGCUGAGCACGGUGGUGCUCGCAGCGGCGCUGGCGGCUGCUUGGGGCGCUGUGUAGGGCGUGUGAAUAGGAACAUGGAGAGGACAGACGUGUGAGAGGACUGGCGUUGCAGGUUGCAUGUUCCGCUGGGCGCGGCAUUUUUAGGCGUUUUUCAAUUCUCUGCGUUGUAAUAAGCUGGAGACGGACGUGACGUUCGUCGACAGCAUGAGCCAUGUAUAUACCCGAAUUACGUUUGGCGUACGUGCCGCCAGCCGCGCGUCUUGACAGUGUCCGAUCUGUGGCUCUCUCCACGUAGGUUCACAUCAAUAGGACGCAUGGCUUUGUCACCUGUGGCGUAAUGGAAGAUGCUUCAUUCCAAUGGGUUGACAAUC